GCUCUCUGCGGUCUCUCUUUUCAUUCUCUCGCUCCCGGAGUCCAUUCUGCUAUCGGGUGUGUGUGAUCAAACGUAUUCUCCCUCCUACCUUUUCUCUCUCUUCGUUCCGUAUCUCUCAGUUUGCUCUGUUUACUCAGAGCGGCUGUCGUCGAGUGUGUGUGUGUGUGUGCGCGCCAGUAUGCCAUGUCGUCUCUGAGUUCGUCGUUUGUCCAGAUAAAACAUGAGGACCUGCGGUUCUAUGAGAACUGUGGAGGGGGCAGCUUUGGGAGUGUCUACCGAGCACACUGGAUAUCUCAGGAUAAAGAAGUCGCUGUGAAGAAACUACUCAAGAUCGAGACUGAGGCUGAGAUUCUGAGUAGCCUCAGUCAUAAGAACAUUAUUCAAUUCUAUGGCGCCGUACUGGAGUCCCCCAACUAUGGAAUCGUCACAGAGUAUGCGGGCGGAGGUUCUCUGUAUGAGUACCUCUCCAGUGAACAGAGUGAGGAGAUGGACAUGGAACAAAUCAUGACCUGGGCCAUGGAGAUAGCCAAAGGAAUGCACUAUCUUCACUCGGAAGCCCCGGUCAAAGUCAUUCACAGAGACCUCAAGUCACGAAACGUGGUGUUGACAGCAGACAAAGUCCUCAAGAUCUGUGAUUUUGGAGCGUCUAAGUUCCAGUCCCACACCACUCACAUGACAGUGGUGGGCACCUUCCCCUGGAUGGCCCCAGAGGUCAUACAGAGCCUACCUGUAUCAGAGACCUGUGAUACCUACUCCUACGGCGUGGUGCUAUGGGAGAUGCUGACACGGGAGGUUCCAUUUAAAGGCUUCGAGGGGCUGCAGGUGGCUUGGCUGGUGGUGGAGAAACAAGAGAGGCUGACCAUCCCCACCAGUUGUCCGCCUAGCUUCGCUGACCUGAUGAAGAAGUGCUGGCAGGCCGAACCAAAGGAGCGUCCAGUGUUUAAGCAGGUGUUGGGGACUCUGGAGACCAUGUCUAAAGACAGCAGACUACCAGAACAGUGUAACUCCUUCCUACACAACAAGGAUCAGUGGAGGUGUGAGAUAGAUGCCACGUUGGAGAGGUUGCGGCGGCUGGAGAGAGACCUGAGUAGCAAAGAGAAGGAGCUGGAGGAGAGAGAGCUGAGGCUGAGACUGUGGGAGGAGAGACUGAUGGAGCGGUCCAACGUCACCCCUUUCUUCUCCCCCAUAGCAUCAGGCCUCAGCUCAGAGUCGUUCUUCCGUUCCCAAUCUCAGGAGUCCAACAGCGCCAAGAUAUCCUGCCUUAUCAGAACCCUCAGCAACGGAGAGAGGGAGAAGGGUAUGGAGGGAGGGAUAGACAGGGGGAUAGGGGGGCUCCAUGAGUUAGGGGUCAGAGGUCAGGGGGUGAGGUCGGGGGUACAGGUGAGCAUGCGGACCACAUCCAAUCAGAACUCUUCUAAGACCUGUAGCGUACGACAUGGAACCAAAAUCAAUAUGGCCGCCGCGACGCUGGACAUGAACAUGAUGGACCUGGGUUGGUCUGACGACGACAGUGACUAGGAGAACACACAAACACAAUUGUAUUUUUUAAAUUGAAGCCAUAUGUAUACACGCCUCUGUGUGUGAGGACUGUGGGGCAUAAUAGURAAGAAUUAUGAGCAGUGUGGAUUUCCUCCUGCUAACUGUCAUGUUGUUCUGUGCCCGGUUUCUCAAAAGCAUCGUAAUAAGCUCAUCGUGAGAACUAUAGGAUCCUAUGCUUGUAAUGACGAACUUAGCCUGAAGCUGCUUUUGGGAAAUCGUGCCCAUUGAAGCUUUUAAAGUGACAUUUAAAUGAUGUGCCAUAUUAACAAGUGUUACAUAGACCAGAGCACUUGAACACCACUCAUUAGUAGAGGCUAGGCCUAGGUAAAGGGUACCAUCCAAUGUUUUCUGCUUUUCGACUUGUACACUUGUUACACGAUACAGUUGAUUUGUUCAAAAUACUAAGUUUUGAAUUAAUGGGUUCUUACUGUGAUCAAAUGUGUGAAACUAUUUUGCAGCUUGUACUGUAUUGUUUUUCAAUAAAUUYAGAAAAAUACAGA